AUGCGGAGGCUGGAUCAUUCCCUGUUUUCAGCGUUUCCCAGAUUUGGGCCGCUCUACUCGGUGCGAGCGCACAGAAACGCUGCCGUGGCAGGGCCUGGGUGUUACGCCAUCAUCAAGUUUUAUUCAGCUGGAGAUGCGGGCAGAGCCCAGCGCGCGUGCAACGGGCAGAGGCUGUUUCAGAAAUCUCCCCUGAAGAAGCGAUCCGUGAAAUACCUGUGUGCUGUAGAGGUGGCACUGCCCAACCAUGGGCUACGCUCCAGGGGAGUUGCCCUCGGCGAGGCUGACGUAGAGAAGAGUGAAGAUCCUCUCGAGUUUGUCACAGCCUCAGGAAGAGUUCAGAAACUCGCAGUCGGGAAGGCUUUGUCUAACGCCUUUCAGAAGAUCCUCCUCGUAGUCCUAG